ACCCUUGAUUCAAACUUAGAUCUCACAAGUGAUAUCGGAAAGAGGCGCCGCUGUGUCCGUCGUCCAACCUCUCACCCCCGCUGCAGCACCUAAUCAUGCUUUAUUAUACAUACUAAAUAUAAAUUCUGAAAAUAAACACCAUUAAUUAAUUUCUCGCAAUGAAAAGUUGUGGCCCUAAUUCAUCUGUGAACUCCCAAUUUUGAUACAAAAGCUCUUUCAAUUCCGAAAAAGAAAGUAGCGAUGGCGGAAGUGGAUCAGUUGCUCACUAAGAAAGUAGCCGAUCGUUACCUGAAGCGCGAAGUACUCGGUGAAGGUACAUACGGUGUCGUUUACAAAGCCAUCGAUACUAAGACAGGGCAGACAGUUGCCAUCAAGAAAAUUCGUCUCGGGAAGCAGAAGGAAGGGGUGAAUUUCACUGCUUUGAGGGAAAUUAAAUUGCUGAAGGAGCUUAAGGAUUCUAAUAUAAUUGAGUUGAUCGAUGCGUUCCCUCAUAAGGGGAACCUGCACCUUGUGUUUGAGUUCAUGGAGACUGAUCUUGAAGCCGUUAUUCGUGAUAGAAACAUCGUUCUUUCUCCAGCUGAUAUCAAGUCUUACAUUCAGAUGACGCUGAAGGGGCUUGCAUUUUGCCAUAAGAAAUGGGUCUUGCAUAGGGAUAUGAAACCAAACAACUUGCUGAUUGGACCUCGUGGACAGCUUAAACUUGCCGAUUUUGGGUUAGCUCGUAUAUUUGGGAGCCCGGACCGAAGAUUCACUCAUCAGGUUUUUGCUAGAUGGUACAGAGCGCCUGAACUGCUGUUUGGUGCAAAGCAAUAUGGUCCCGGGGUUGAUGUAUGGGCUGCAGCGUGUAUAUUUGCUGAACUACUUCUACGUCGACCUUUUCUACAGGGAAAUAGUGAUAUGGAUCAACUGGGAAAGAUCUUUGCUGCUUUUGGGACACCCAAGCAAUCGCAAUGGUCGGAUAUGGUCUAUCUUCCUGAUUACGUGGAAUACCAAUCUGUGCCCGGUCAACCAUUGCGAACAUUGUUCCCCAUGGCUAGCGACGACACUCUGGACCUUCUAGGGAAAAUGUUUAUGUAUGAUCCAAAAUCAAGAAUAUCAGCACAACAGGCACUGGAGCAUCGGUAUUUUUCUUCCAUACCUCCAGCUACAGAACCUGCUUUGCUACCAAGACCUCCACCAAAGAGGGAAUCUGUCAAUUCAGAGCCCUUGGACUUUAAUCCUCAAAAUGGCCCGACAGUAUUGUCUCCUCCAAGAAAGCAAAGAAGAGUGAUGCCUCAGCGCGAGGGGUUUGACUUAAACGGUCAACAGAUGGAUAAGAUGGAUGACCACGGUCAAGAGACAAGACAGCCAGCUGGCGAGAGGAGUUCAAUUGCUCCAAUGUCCCUGGAUUUCUCGGUUUUUGGAAAUAGGCCACCAAAUAGACCAACUAUUAACAGUGCUGACAGAUCACAUUUAAAGAGGAAACUUGACCUUGAAUUUCAACUGCCAGAAGAAGAAUAACUUUGCGGCACGUCUCGAUUUUCAGAUUUUUCGUAUGGUGUAUAAAAUCUGUCGUACCAGAGGUUUGUGUUCGCUCUCAAAGAAGAUAGGCUCAAAGAAUAACGGAUAGAUUUGUAGCCCCAAUACUUAAAAACGUACAAUAGAUCAAAGUGAGUAUUAUUUUUGUCAGUUAAUCAUCGUAUAUUUGAUCAAUUGUCUGUGGUUUGCAUGUGUCGGUUCACAGUACGAAUAGUUUAUUCUUGUAUUCACUUGUGAGAGAUCUCGAUUUUUUUUUGGCUGUGACAGCAGACACUCUAUUCGUUAAAAAGUGCUAAUUCUCGAAUAUUGGAACAUGUUUUCGAUUUGUUGUAUGGGUUUUAGAAUGGAAUUUGACCUGUAAUAAUUUUAACAAAUUUUGUAUAUUGAAUAUUGUCCCCUUGGUAGGUCUUCAAUGGUGUGUUUAGUUUUUGUCCUAGUGGCAGUUAGUUUGUCUGAAGAGUCUUUAAGGAUAUGUUUGGGAAUGUUGAUGGGAUGAUUAUUGGAUUGGUUUAAGAU